AUGCACAACACCAUCGCCGCCGGCCUCGUUACCCUCAUUUUGCCUUCUCUAGGCCACGACGUCCAAUUCUAUACCGGCAUCCAUUGCCGAGGCGAACGUCUUGGUGGAGUAGUCGGCUUGACGCCAGAUGAUGGUUGUCAGGACGGCAGCUUAUACAGCACCAACGCUCAAUCUGUCUACAUCGCCCAAGGAGAUACCGAUGAAGACCUUAUGAUCGCCUUCUAUAAGGGUGACAACUGUCCUCUCGAUAACGCUGUCGCAAAAGGAAACGACGGUGCGUGCCUGAGCGUCGGCGGGGCCUACCAGCAGUUCGGUUCCUACAACGCUCUUCCCAUCAUCUCGGCUCAGUCCCAAGUGAAUGAUAUUCCUUCGAAGCUCCAGCAUGGGGCUUUGUUUGAAGAUGAUGGUGGUGUCCAAUGGCGCCUGCAGCAGAUAGCAGAGAACGCUUUUAGAGGCGUUCGUGCAGAUGAGUGGUCUUCCACCAUGCGCACUGCCAACACGCAGCCUCUGCCCGAGUUUGACGACAUGCACACCAAGUCGCAGAAGACCCCAAUAAGAACUCCGCCGAAAACGCAAGAGUGA